AUGUCAGACUCAGACAGUGAUGAGGACCAGGAUCGUCCAUUCUCUCUCACUGGCUUCCUUUUCGGAAACAUCAAUGAAGAUGGUCAGCUAGAAGAUGACAGCGUGCUGGAUACGGAGUCCAAGAAGCACUUGGCUGGUUUGGGGUCCUUGGGCCUGGGUACGCUCAUCACUGAAAUCACUGCCAGUGAGGAAGAUGUGGCUGAAGAGGAAAGGGAUCCAAGUGGUACUGAUGCAGAAGGCUGGGUAAAAAGCACGGAGGAUGCUGUGGACUACUCAGACAUCAAUGAGGUUGCCGAGGAUGAGACCAGAAAGUACCGUCAAGCCAUGGGCUCUCUGCAGCCCUCCAGGAGAACAGAUGAUGAGGAUGACUAUGAUGCUGAUUGUGAAGACAUUGAUGCAAAGUUAAUGCCCCCACCACCGCCACCCACUUUGCAGACCUCAGGCAAGAAAGAGGAACAAUCUACUCAGCCUGCAAAUGCAGUGGGGGAUGAGGGAGAUGGGAUCAUACUGCCCUCCAUCAUUGCUCCAUCAUCUGUUGGUGACAGGGUGGAUUUCAGCAGCUCUUCAGAUUCAGAGUCUGAAACAGACAGGCCAGCCCAGGGUCCUGGGAUUGGGGGGCCUCCUGGUAGCCUGACGCUGCCCCUUGCAGGCAUCAUGCAUAGAGAUGCUGCCAAGGCCCUGCCUUGUGUCACUGAGCUCUUUCCCGAAUUCCGGCCUGGGAAGGUGCUGCGCUUCCUCCGCCUGUUUGGCCCAGGGAAGAACAUGCCAUCUGUUUGGCGUAGUGCCCGUAGGAAGCGCAAACGGAAGCACCGUGACCCACAGCCUGGAACGCCUCCACCUGAGGCCGAACCAGUGGAGCCAAGCCCUGAGAAGAAAUCAGGAUGGGCCUAUGAGUAUGCCCCACCUCCACCCCCAGAGCAGUGUCUUUCUGAUGAUGAGAUUACCAUGAUGGCUCCAGUGGAGUCCAAGUUUUCUCAGUCAGCUGGCGAUGGGGAUAAGAUUCCAGAAUCUCGCCCAAAGGUGGCAGAAUGGCGCUAUGGGCCAGCCCAACUGUGGUACGACAUGCUGGGUGUUGCAGAAGAUGGGGGUGGCUUCCACUAUGGCUUCCGUUUGAGAGAAGAAACAUCCGAGAAGCCAGGCGAGCAGGAACCAAAGCCUGUGCCGGCCCAAGAGGAGAGUGAUGUGGAUAACGAUGACCAGACUUUGGAGAACGAGCUCUUCUUAAUGGUGACUCAACUGCAAUGGGAAGAUGAUAUCAUCUGGAAUGGAGAGGAUGUGAAGCACAAGGGUACUAAGACACAGCGUGCCAGCCUAGCAGGAUGGCUGCCAUCUAGCAUGACUCGCAAUGCUAAUGCAUAUAACGCGCAGCAGGGUCUUAGCCGCAGUAACUCUCAGUUGGUGCCCCCCACUCCCCCUCCUAUCACAAAAGCACCCACUAUCAGCUCUGGAUCCAGUAAGCGGGACAAACACAACCAGGACCAGCAAGCUUCCCAUGAAGAUGAUUCCCCAUGGUUCUCCAUCUUCCCAAUUGAUAAUGAGGAGUUGGUGUAUGGACGCUGGGAGGAUAACAUCAUCUGGGAUGACCAAAGCAUGGAUCGAUUGCUUUCUCCCCCAGUCCUCACGCUGGACCCUAAUGAUGAAAACAUAAUUUUGGAAAUCCCUGAUGAGAAGGAGGAGCAAACAUCGAACUCUCCAUCCAAAGAGAACAAGAAAGAAUCAGCCCUGAAGAAGAGUCGCAUCCUACUGGGAAAAACUGGUGUAAUCAAGGAUGAGCCUCAGCAGAACAUGUCUCAACCAGAAGUAAAAGACCCCUGGAACCUGUCCAAUGAUGAGUUCUAUUACCCCAAGCAGCAAGGUCUUAGGGGGACUUUUGGUGGCAACAUCAUCCAGCACUCCAUUCCUGCUGUGGAGUUGAGGCAGCCUUUCUUCCCAACACACAUGGGUCCCAUGAAGCUGCGGCUGUUCCAUCGGCCAUCACUGAAGAAAUACUCUUACGGAACCCUUUCUCAGCCAGGUCCCCAUCCAGUACAGCCCCUCCUCAAACACAUCAAAAAGAAGGCCAAGAUGCGAGAGCAGGAGCGCCAAGCUUCAGGUGGGGGGGAUAUGUUCUUCAUGCGUACAGCUCAGGACUUGACAGGCAAGGAUGGCGACCUGAUCCUAGCAGAGUACAGUGAAGAAUACCCUCCUCUCAUCAUGCAAGUAGGCAUGGCCACCAAGAUCAAGAACUACUACAAGAGAAAACCUGGGAAAGACCCUGGAGCACCAGACUGUAAAUAUGGGGAAACUGUCUAUUGCCAUACUUCGCCAUUCCUUGGUUCUUUGCAUCCCGGCCAGCUGCUGCAGGCCUUCGAGAACAACCUUUUCCGUGCCCCCAUCUAUCUGCACAAGAUGCCUGAGACGGAUUUCCUAGUGUUGCGCACGCGGCAGGGUUACUACAUUCGUGAAGUGGUGGAUAUCUUUGUGGUGGGUCAGGAGUGUCCAUUGUUCGAGGUACCUGGUCCCAACUCCAAGAGAGCCAACACCCACAUAAGAGACUUCCUGCAGGUGUUCAUUUAUCGCUUGUUCUGGAAGAGCAAAGAUCGACCUCGGAGAAUCCGCAUGGAAGACAUCAAGAAGGCCUUCCCAUCUCAUUCAGAGAGCAGCAUCCGCAAGCGCCUUAAACUCUGUGCUGACUUUAAGCGCACAGGAAUGGACUCUAACUGGUGGGUCCUGAAGCCAGACUUCAGGCUGCCCACAGAGGAAGAGAUCCGAGCUAUGGUCUCCCCAGAGCAGUGUUGUGCCUACUACAGCAUGCUGGUGGCAGAGCAGAGGCUAAAGGAUGCUGGAUAUGGAGAGAAGUCCUUCUUUGCACCAGAGGAGGAGAAUGAAGAAGACUUCCAGAUGAAGAUAGAUGAUGAGGUGCGCACGGCCCCCUGGAACACCACACGAGCCUUCAUUGCUGCCAUGAAGGGGAAGUGCCUGCUGGAAGUCACAGGCGUAGCAGACCCAACUGGCUGCGGGGAGGGUUUCUCCUAUGUCAAGGUUCCCAACAAACCGACACAGCAGAAGGAUGACAAGGAACCUCAGCCAGCCAAGAAAACUGUGACAGGCACAGAUGCUGACCUGAGACGUCUGUCUCUCAAGAAUGCCAAGCAACUGCUGCGCAAAUUUGGGGUCCCGGAAGAAGAGAUUAAGAAGCUAUCGCGUUGGGAGGUUAUCGACGUGGUACGUACCAUGUCCACAGAACAGGCACGCUCAGGCGAGGGACCAAUGAGCAAGUUUGCUCGAGGGUCACGCUUUUCAGUGGCAGAACAUCAGGAGCGCUACAAGGAGGAAUGUCAAAGAAUCUUUGACUUGCAGAACAAGGUUCUGGAGUCAACUGAGGUCCUCUCAACAGACACAGACAGCAGUUCGGCUGAAGACAGCGACUUUGAAGAAAUGGGCAAGAAUAUUGAGAAUAUGCUGCAGAACAAGAAGACAAGCUCCCAACUCUCCCAUGAGAGGGAGGAGCAGGAGAGAAAGCAGCUGCAGAGGAUGCUGAUGGGGGAAGAGAGUGACCGAGACAAGGGGCGGAAAGAACGCCGCAAGGGGUUGUCAAGUGCCCACUCUACCAGCUCCCACAAAGAUGAUGAUGCCUCUUCUGUUACCAGCCUGACCUCCUCUGCCACUGGAAGAAGGCUAAAGAUAUACCGCACCUUUAGGGAUGAGGACGGCAAGGAAUAUGUGCGCUGCGAGACGGUCCGCAAGCCCGCUGUCAUUGAUGCGUACACCCGUAUCCGUACUACCAAGGAUGACGAGUUUAUACGGAAGUUUGCACUCUUUGAUGAGCAACACCGAGAGGAGAUGAGGAAGGAGCGACGGCGCAUCCAAGAACAGCUGAGACGACUCAAACGUAACCAGGAGAAGGAUAAGUUUAAGGGACCCCCUGAGAAGAAAGCCAAGAAGGUCAAAGAACGUCCUGACCUUAAGCUGAAGUGCGGUGCUUGCGGUGCCAUAGGCCACAUGCGCACCAACAAGUUCUGUCCACUAUACUACCAAACCAACGCUCCACCUUCCAACCCGGUGGCAAUGACAGAAGAGCAGGAGGAAGAACUGGAGAAAACAGUCAUCCACAAUGAUAAUGAGGAGCUGAUUAAAGUUGAGGGUACCAAGAUUGUUUUGGGAAAACAACUCAUUGAGAGUGCUGACGAGGUACGCAGGAAGUCUCUAGUACUGAAGUUCCCCAAACAGCAGCUACCACCCAAGAAGAAGAGGCGCGUGGGAACCACAGUGCACUGUGACUACUUGAACAAACCUCACAAGUCCAUCCACAGGCGACGGACUGACCCCAUGGUCACGUUGUCAUCUAUUCUAGAGGGCAUCAUCAAUGACAUGCGGGACCACCCUAAUACGUAUCCAUUUCACACUCCUGUCAAUGGCAAGGUGGUAAAGGACUACUACAAGAUCAUCACAAGGCCCAUGGACUUGCAGACACUACGGGAGAACGUGCGGAAGCGCAUGUACCCCUCGCGAGAAGAGUUCCGUGAGAGUGUAGAACUAAUUGUCAAGAACAGUGCCACAUACAACGGUGCGAAACACCCUCUCACCCAGGUGGCCCAGUCCAUGUUGGACCUCUGUGAUGAGAAGCUCAAAGAGAAAGAGGACAGACUGGUAAGGCUGGAGAAAGCCAUCAAUCCCCUGUUAGAUGACGACGAUCAAGUGGCCUUCUCCUUUAUCUUGGACAACAUUGUCACCCAGAAGAUGAUGGCUGUCCCAGAUUCGUGGCCCUUCCAUCAUCCUGUAAAUAAGAAGUUUGUACCAGAUUAUUACAAGGUGAUUGCCAACCCUAUGGACCUGGAGAACAUUCGCAAGAACAUCUCAAAGCAUAAGUACCAGAAUCGAGAGACAUUCCUGAACGAUGUCAGUCUUAUCCACACCAACAGCGUAAAGUAUAAUGGCUCCGACAGCCCUUACACCAAGACUGCCUUGGAAAUUGUGAAUGUGUGUAAGCAGACUCUGGCAGAGUACGAUGAGCACCUGACUCAGCUGGAGAAGGAUAUCUCCACUGCCAAGGAAGCAGCCCUUGAUGCAGCUGACCUUGAGAGCCUGGACCCAAUGACCCCCGGCCCCUAUACCCCACAGCCUCCAGACCUCUAUGACAGCAGCAAUUCAAUGGGUCUACACAGGGAGGCCAGCCUGUUCGUGGAUGGCCCUCCCGCCUCUACCCCCGAGAAGAGGGGGGGGCAGGGCCGCCAUGGGCGCGGGAGGCUAGGCGAAGAGGAAUCAGAUGUGGACAUCGAAGGGUUUGAGGAGGAUGACGAUGGCAAACCCAAGACCCCAGCUCCUGCAGAAGAUGGCGAAGGUGACCUUGAGGAUGAGGAUGAUGAUGAGGACAUGCUGCUGCCGCCAAGAAGGCGUCUGCAUGGACACGAUGAGGACGACGAGGAGGAUGAGGGUUCCAGCCGUCCUGCCCAAGCCAGUGUGCUGUAUCAAGACCUGCUUAUGUCUGAUGGGGAGGAUGACGCCAGUGAAGAGGAGGGCGACAACCCUUUCUCCUCCAUCCACCUGUCAGAGAGCGGCAGCGACUCAGACCGUGAGGUAGAGACAAGGGGAGCCCCAUCCAGGGGCCACCAGGAGAUGGCACGUAUGGGGCUGGAGCAGGAAGAGAGCAUGAUGUCAUACGAGGGCGAGGGUGCGGACGAGGGCCAAAUGGAGGACAGCAAUGUCAGCUAUGGCAGUUAUGAUGAAGCCGAGGGACGGACACAGAGACAGGCCCGCGGCCUGGCCAGUGGUGAGGGGUACGGGCAAAGUGAAGACGAUGAGGAGGAUGAUGAAGAGGAGAGCGGAGCACGGAGGCGCGGCCCCAGUGUCCUGUCACAAGUACAGCUGAGUGAGGAUGAGGAAGACAGUGAGGAAUUCAGAUCUAUAGGUGGGGACAGCGACAUGGACUCAGAUGCCUAGAAGACGCCCUUAAACUGAGCUUAGAUUUGUUCGGAAUUCAUACCAGUAGUCUCCAUGGAGCUGUGGACUGUUAAGAUUUCUGCACGUUGUGCAUAUACACCCUGCAAAGCUAAUAUUGUUCCUGUUUAAAGAAGCAAUUUAUUUUUGUAUUUUUGACAAGUGUCAUUGGUUUGUAUUGAUGGAAUAUUUACUUUAAUUUCUAAGAUGUCCAGGACAUGUUAGGAGGUAAAUUGUUUGUUUGCAUUUACAACCUCUGAAUAUUUGUUUUAUUUUUUUCAGUAACAGUAUGUUUAGUUUUGUCUUAUUUUUUUAUGUUAAUUGCCUCUGUAAAUGUCACUUGUAUAUUUAAUUAAAGUAUGUUGCCUGUAUUCUACUUGAUAUUGAAAGCUGCUUUUUAGAUAAGGUGGUGAUCAAGGAUUGACAUUUUUAUUAGGUUAUUUUUAUUCUCAUUACAUGCUGAAACCCUUUUUGAUCAUAGUGUACUGAAUAAUCUUUUGGUCCCAGAAUGAUCACUUUUCUGUAGUGGAGAUUGACAGGUCACCUCAGUCAAUAAACGUAAAGCUGAGGACACAGCAUGACCUUUAAGGCUGGUUAAAUGCCAGUGAUAGAUGUUGCAUAAUGCAUUUCUUGGUGGUGUUAUGAAACUAAGCACAUAACCAGAAUGUAACAGGUUUGAUUCCCUGCUUCAGUACUACUGUGUACCUGUGAAAACUGUACUUCAGGAAAAUACAUCUCCGUGCAUCCAGCUGAAUAAAAG